UCUUUUCCCUACAGAUCAUGGAGGUGGCUGGGGCUGUGGGUGGGGGAGGAUGCCUCCGAAGGUAGAAUAACCCUGUGAAAGUGCUAUUAAGAGAGCUAGCGCCGGGCCUAACUUCCUGAAUCCAAAUCCGGCCUCAGACACUACUAGCUUGUGACCCUGGGCAAGUCACUUAACCCUCUUUGCCUCAGUUUCCUCAUCUGUAAAGUGAACUGCGCAGAAGGAAAUGGCAAACCACUCCAGAAUCUUCACCAAGGAAAUCCCAAAGACGAGUCAGAUAUGACAGAAAAUUGACUGAACAACAACAAAGUGGCGACGAGGGGGCGCCGCAGGGAAGCGGAGGGCUGGGAAAUGCGGGAGCGAGGACCGGAACGCGCGAGUGCCUGGGAGCCUCGGCUGGACCAGAAACAACCGUGGGGGCGUAGCCUUGCCGAUUUCCCUGCCCGCAGGGAUCGCGAAGGUCAUGUCCGGGUGGGAGACUUACUACAAAAAUGAGGACGAGGACCAGGAAGAGGAGCAGGAUGAGGGGGCCGAGGCAGAAGGAAACUAUAGGUAUUCUGGGCGGGACAGUCUGAUUUUCUUAGUUGAUGCCUCCAAGGCUAUGUUUGAGCCCUGGGAUGAAGAUCGAGGAACUUCUUUUGACCUAACCAUCCAGUGCAUCCAGAGCGUGUACAGCAGCAAGAUCAUCAGCAGUGACCAGGACCUCCUGGCUGUGGUCUUCUGUGGCACCGACAAAGACAAGAACUCAGUGAAUUUCAGAAACAUUUAUGUUCUCCAUGAGCUGGAUACCCCAGGUGCUAAACGAAUACUUGAGCUUGACCAGUUUAAGGGAGAAAAAGGAGAGAAACGUUUCCAGGACCUGAUUGGCCACGGCUCAGACUAUUCCCUGAGUGAGGCUCUCUGGGUGUGUGCCAACCUCUUCAGUGGGGUCCGGCUCAAGAUGAGUCACAAGCGGAUCAUGCUCUUCACCAAUGAUGACAACCCCCACGGUGACGAUAAUGCCAAGGCCAGUCAGGCCCGGACCAAGGCCAGUGACCUCCGGGACACAGGUAUCUUCCUCGACCUCAUGAACCUGAAGAAGCCUGGGGGGUUUGAUGUUUCCUUAUUCUACAGGGACAUCAUCACCCCGGCCGAAGACGAGGACCUCGGGGUUCACUUUGAGGAGUCGGGCCGGCUGGAGGACCUCCUGAGGAAGGUUCGGGCCAAGGAGACCAGGAAACGCUCUCUGGCCAGGCUGAAACUGAAGCUGGGCCGGGAUGUGGCCCUGACCAUAAGCAUCUUUAACAUGGUCCAGAAGGCGUUCAGGCCCCCUCCGGUGAGGCUUUACCGAGAGACAAAUGAACAGGUGAAAACCAAGACCCGCACGUUCAGCGUGGAAACGGGCAGUUUGCUCCUGCCUAGCGACACCAAGAGGGCUCAGAUCUACGGAGGUCGUCAGAUUGUGAUGGAGAAGGGGGAGACGGAGGAGCUGAAGAGGUUCGAUGACCCGGGCUUGAUUCUGAUUGGCUUCAAGCCUCUGUUUAUGUUGAAACAGCACCAUUUCCUGAGGCCUUCCCUGUUUGUGUACCCCGAGGAGUCCCUGGUUAAUGGAAGUACAACACUGUUCAGUGCUUUACUCACCAAGUGCCUGGAGAAGGAGGUGCUGGCGUUGUGCAGAUUCACCCCUCGCCAAAACACCCCCCCAUGUUUCGUGGCCCUGGUGCCCCAGGAAGAGGAGCUGGAUGCCCAGAGAGUCCAGGUGACCCCGCCAGGCUUCCAGCUUGUCUUCUUGCCCUAUGCUGAUGACAAGCGGAAGGUGCCUGUCACCCAGAAAGUGACUGCCAAUCCAGAGCAGGUGGACAAAAUGAAGGCCAUUGUGCAGAAACUCCGCUUCAAGUACCGGAGCGACAGCUUUGAGAAUCCCGUACUACAGCAGCACUUCAGAAACCUGGAGGCCUUGGCCCUGGAUCUGAUGGAGCCUGAGCAAGCGCCAGACCUGACACUGCCCAAGGUGGAAGCGAUGGAUCUCAGGCUGGGCAGCCUGGUGGAGGAGUUCAAGGAGCUCGUCUACCCCCCUGACUACAACCCUGACAAGAAGGCAGUGAAGAAGAAACAAGCUCCCAAUGGUGGUGGUCCUCAAGAGAAGCAGCCCAAGCUCGAGGUGUCGGAAGAGGAGCUCAAGGCCCACGUUCGGAAGGGCACCCUGGGCAAGCUCACGGUGCCUGUGCUCAAAGAAGCCUGUCGUGUGUGCGGGCUCAAGGUCAGCAGCACCAAGAAACAGGAACUGCUGGACUUGCUCACGCAGCACUUCCAGGAGGCCUGAUGCCCUCCUCCUCUUGUUUACCAAUAAAGAGAACGGCUUUUCUUUGGCA